AUGUUCAUUUACUUUCCAGAUACUAUGGCAGUUCAAGCGGUAGAAUUAUUGUAGGUUUAGUUCCAUUUUUUAUUAUUAAUUUCUGAUGUUCCAACCAUUUGGUUCCAAUUUCCUUUUUAGCCGGACGGGCUAAAAACUCUGGUAGACGGACGGCGCUUUAUCAAUAAAAUUAUCAAAAAAUUGCACGUAUAACAAGGGAAACGCAAAUAGGGGGGUAUCGGACCUAGAACUGAGACCUAUAUCAUUUGAAAGAGCGUGAAAAGUUAUGUGGAAAUUAAAAUUUUUAGCUGCCCAAUUUCAUCUACUAAACAAUUACAGUAAUAUAAAGUUUUUCCUAUCAGAUUUCUUAUUAUGGCACACUCAAAGAAAGCGCCACAAGGAGAGCUAAACGUUGAGUUUUGUGGUGGCCGAGUGGACCUACAACACAGACCUUUAGAAAGAUUAUUUUAAAGUUGCAGAACAAAACACAGAAAAAAAAUUUUUUAAAUUUUUUCCAAUAAAAUCCACAGGAGGACCCUUUGAAACAUAUUAGAAAAUAGUAAACUUUGAAUUAUUGUAACUUUUUAGUAUAUGAAAUUGGGCAGCUAAAAAUUUUAAUUUCUACAUAACUUUUCACGCUCUUUCAAAUCAUUAAGGUCUCAGUUCUAGGUCCCUCCUAUUUGCCUUUCCCUUGUAAGUCUUUUUUAAAUCUUUUAAAAAUUUUAAGUAAUUACCGUGCGGCAUUGCAAGGGAUUUUCUUACAAAUGGUCUUAAUAACAACGGUUUCCUGUCUUGUCUUUUUUGAACAUUGCCUAUAGCCAUAUUAUUUUACUGUUUCUUAUUUUACAGAAACCCACCAAGUCCGAGAGUUUUUGCAGCGCUAAUCGUACUAGAUAGCAAUAGAUUACUGUUGUUUGGUGGUCAAUCAUACGUAAACUCAAUUGAUGUUUUCCAAGACGCUUACACUAUUACAUUUUCGGACGAAACGUUCAAGUAUGCUACAAGCACUGCAAUAACGGUAAACUAGCAUUUCGUUUCUUUUAUUUUUAUACUAUUAGCGUAUUUCAUUUCAUUUAUUUCCUCUUUUCAAAGUUCAUAGAAGUGUCCUUUAAAGGACAUGAAAAUUCGCCUAAAAAUUAGCACGAAUAGACAUAGUUAUGAUUUUUCUUUCAGAUAGAAAACCCGGAUUGCUUCCCACCUACUGUUUACGCUAACAGCCGUACUACUGAUAGAGUUAUAAUUGUAUCGAGGCCACGAGAUUGCACUAAAGUUUGCGUUGAUUCGCAGUAUUUACGACGGUUGUUUAGCUAUGGUAUUGCUAGUAAUCAUUUUUUUAAUGUAUGUUUGGCUAAUGGCUUAUUUUUUAUAAAAAUGUAUAAGCAUACUAUUUUCAUUUUUAAAGUUGACAAAUAUUGCAUUUAGAUCAAAGGGACAUUUGGAGCAGAGGCGAAGUCUUCUAGACUUUGAGUCAUUCUUUGAAAAGUUCCGUGUGUUUCUCUGGGUGGUAACCUUGUAUUUCAUUGCAAGGGUUUUAUAUUUUGGUAAAGGUGUUGCCGGGUACUUAUUACUAAAACCGAGCAAGGUUAAUACAUAAUAUUAUUGUAGGCCAAGCCGAUCAUACCUGUAACACGUCUAUGUCUUGGUCGUCCAACGGAAAGCAGGCAACAAUUAACAACGAGUUACCCAAAACCAAUAAAGAAUCAUGGUUCUGCAUCAGCUUUUCAAUGUUUUCAGGAUUCCAAAGACAGUUUUUGCGAGAUUGGCAGCCAGCAUGCUGACUUUACUAAUACACUUCACUUUGCUUGGCACGAUACUGCAAAGAAAACAGAAGACCAACGAAAUAUGACUUUAUUUCCAGAUGAUUACGCUUAUGUUAUGCAAUGGUUUUCAGAGUAUCAUCCUACGGAACAGUGUUAUUCUGGUAGAAGGGGUGGUCAUUUAUGUUACAGACCAGGUGCGUGUAUGUACAAGAGCAUUAAGAUACGGUAUCAAACAAACGAUGAAGAGUUUUUGAACCGGCUGUUAAAUUCGAUGUAUCAGUUAUACCUCUUAUCAAGAGGUGGACCGAUUCAAGAUUCUGCUUACUUACCGUUGGCUGAAGACACAAAUUGUGGCGAUGUACAGCAUGGUAGGUUAAUAGAGAACGUUUUUUUACUUUUUUGCAAAAUGGGUAUAAAGAUUAACAGCAUCUAAACGUUAUAUGAAUUUUUGAUGAAAUAUGUAUGUCCAGUGCACUGUAUAGAACAAAUUGCGGUUGUAUUUAAAAAAAAUUGUGUAGCGUGGGUUUGUCAAGAAACCUCAAAAACCAAGUUUUCCUAUGUUUCCUUCUUUAUACGAAAUAAACUCUAUUUGAUGACGAAGCAUUUUAGGUAUCUUUCCCUUGGACCGCUUAUUGGAACUCCAAAUGUUAGUGCCAGUUCACAGAGUUCUCACAGACGUAUUCUUAACAUCCACAUUCUACACAAUCGAUCUGGAAUAUGUAAAACAACACAACAAAAUCAGAUUUGGGCAGCAAACGGUACCAUUUAAUAGUUGGUUGCUGCCAGAAUACGCUCCAAUUGUAGUUGCUGGAUGUGAAUUAUUUACUUGUGGAGGAGUGCAUAGAUUACCUAAUGAAAUGGAUUUCUCAACCAGGACUUUUACGGGUUACUAA